UAAACAGCUACAGCCAAACCCCUCCUUAAAUAUUUUUCAAUUCUUCUUCAUGACCAAACUAAUCACACUCCUAUUUGUAUAUAUGCCCACCUACGUUUGAAUAUCUCUACUGAGGACUUGUGUCGUGAGAAGAAAAAAAAGAAAUUAAGAUGUCCUUCGUCAAAGCCCUUCCAUCCAAGUCUCUGGUUAUCAGAAUCAACCUUGUUUUCCUUGCUGUGUUUUUUGUCAUCUAUGCCCUUCUUCUUCUCCAGCCGUCGUCCUCCUACUACCAUGAGAGUGCCGCGUCGUUCGUUCGGUGCUCUUUGCGCCAGUGCCAUCACAAGGUGGAGAAUGGGAUUAAGAUGAAGGCUGUAUUAGAAGAGACUGAUAGAGGCAACCACCCUAAGCCCAAGAGGAAAAAGAACAAAACAGAGAAUCCCACUUUUUUGAAUGAAUUCAGCAAGGGGAUGAAGAUUGCAAUGGUGAACAUGGACGAAGAGGACACAAGUGAAUGGGAAGUCCGCGGGCAAACCGUGCCGGUCCAUUUCGAACAAGUCUCCGAGCUGUUCGAAUGGCAGCACUUGUUUCCGGAAUGGAUCGACGAGGAAGAGGAGAUCGAUGGGCCGUUGUGCCCCGAGAUACCAAUGCCCGACUUCGAGAACUACGGGUACUUCGACACGGUGGUGGCCAAAUUGCCCUGCAAUUUCCCACAAGAAGGGUGGGGGAGGGACGUGUUCCGGCUCCAAGUGCAUCUGAUCGCGGCGAAUCUGGCCGUGAAGAGAGGGAAAAGGGGGUGGGGAUGGGGGAGUACUGGUGCGAAGAUGGUGUUUUUGAGCAAGUGCAGGCCGAUGCCGGAGCUGUUCCGGUGCGAUGAUCUGGUGAAGAGAGAAGGGGAGUGGUGGUGGUUCGAGCCGGAAAUGGCUAGGUUGGAGCAGAAGGUUUCGCUGCCGGUUGGGUCCUGCAAUUUGGCUUUGCCCCUCUGGGAUAAAGGAAUUGACGAGGUCUACGAUCUAUCCAAGAUCCUAACCGCCGCCCGAAAACCCAACAAGCGCGAAGCCUACGCCACCGUCCUCCACUCCUCCGAGUCCUACAUCUGCGGCGCCAUAACCCUAGCCCAGAGCCUCCUCCAGUCCGGAACGAACCGCGACCUCAUCCUCCUCCUUGACGCCUCCAUCUCCGUCCCCAAGCGCUCCGCCCUCACCGCGGCCGGCUGGCAGAUCCGCCUCAUCACCCGCAUCCGCAACCCCAAGGCCGAGAAGGGCUCCUACAACGAGUACAACUACAGCAAGUUCCGGCUCUGGCAGCUCGCCGACUACGACAAGAUCAUCUUCAUCGACGCCGACAUCAUCGUGCUGCGCAGCCUCGACUUCCUCUUCCACUUCCCCCAGAUCUCCGCUGUGGGAAACGACGUCUCCAUCUUCAACUCCGGCAUCAUGGUCAUAGAGCCCUCCAACUGCACGUUCGAGUAUUUCAUGCAGAGGACGAACGACGUGGUUUCGUAUAACGGCGGGGACCAGGGGUUCCUGAACGAGGUGUUCGUUUGGUGGCACCGGUUACCGAGGCGGGUCAACUUCUUGAAGAAUUUCUGGUCCAACACCUCGAGCGAGACCAAUAUGAAGAACCAGCUGUUCGGGUCGGACCCUCCGAAGCUGUAUUCGAUACACUACCUCGGCCUGAAGCCGUGGCAGUGCUAUAGGGACUACGAUUGCAAUUGGGAUCUCGGGGAGCAGAGGGUCUACGCGAGCGACGUGGCGCACAGGAGGUGGUGGAGGGUCCAUGACCAAAUGGAGGACGGGUUGAAGAAGCUUUGCGGGUUGUCGAAGCAGAGGAAGAUCGAGUUGGAGUGGGAUAGGAAGUUGGCUAGGAAAUCGGGUCUGGGCGACGGGCAUUGUUGGAUCAAUGUUACGGAUCCGCGGCGGUUUGAAUGAGUGGGAUUUUUUUGAGAUUUUUUGGGUUUUUGUUCUUUCUUUUUUUUUCUUCUGAUUUUUUGGUAGAUAGGUUUUGCAUAGUGUAAUUCACAUAACUUAUGUGUGGAUACAUAGAUAUAUUAGGAUAUUUUCACAUGGGAAAAGAGUUAACAUGAACUUUAUAUAUUUUGUAUAUUGUAUAGAAUAACGUGGUUGGUCUUUAAGUUCUGUCACAAUUGCAUUUAGAUGCAAUUAGAUCUAAGCAAAUAAGACGUCAAAUCAUAUUAAUACUUCCCCUA